AUGUUUGCUGCAGUAGCAGUGGCAUUGGCAGCAGGUCUUCUAAGUUGGGCUUAUCAGACACUAAAGCCUCCCCCUCCAAAGAUAUGUGGGUCUCCAGGUGGUCCUCCUAUCACUUCACCCAGAGUAAAACUCAGUGAUGGGAGGCACUUGGCCUACAGAGAGAUGGGCGUUCCUAAAGAAGAGGCUAAGCACAAAAUCAUCGUCGUUCACGGCUUUGAUGCCUCCAAAGAUGUGAAUUUACCCUUGUCGCAGGAAAUUAUAGAGGAGCUGAGCAUAUAUUUCCUUUUCUUCGAUAGAGCAGGUUACGGAGAGAGUGAUCCAUAUCCAUCACGCUCAGUAAAGAGUGAAGCAUAUGAUAUACAAGAACUAGCUGACCAAUUGCAGAUUGGGUCUAAAUUUUAUGUAAUUGGAAUGUCAAUGGGGGCCUAUCCUGUAUACGGCUGUCUUAAAUAUAUACCACACAGGUUGGCUGGAGCUUCCUUGGUAGUUCCAUUUGUGCACUACUGGUGGCCUUCGCUCCCUGCUAAUGUUUCAAAAGAGGGCUUCCAAAGGCUUCCCGUGCCUGAUCAAAGGACAUUUCGAGUUGCACAUCACACCCCUUGGCUAUUCUACUGGUGGAUGACUCAGAAGUGGUUCACAACAUUAUCUCUUAUGGCUGGAAACAUGAACCUUUUUUGCCCUCCAGAUAUGGAGAUCAUUAAAAGUUUGUCUGAAACUCCAAGAGUUGGCCAGGAAAAGAUUCGCCAACAAGGUCUCCAUGAAUCAUUGUAUCGAGACAUAAUAGCAGGUUACGCGAAAUGGGAAUUUGAUAUCAUGGAUAUAAGUAAUCCUUUCCCUAAUAAUGAGGGUUCCGUCCACAUUUGGCAAGGUUGUGAAGAUAGAAUCAUUCCUAUUGAAAUAAAUCGAUACAUUGCUGAGAAGCUUCCAUGGAUUCGUUAUCACGAGGUUCCUGAUGCUGGGCAUUUGAUGUUGUUCAAAGCUGAGCCAUGUGAAGCAAUAGUAAGGGCACUUUUGCUUGGUUAA